AUGAACGAGGGCCCAGGUCAUGUCCCCCUACACAAGCUUCCAGAGAACAUGCAGAAGCAACUAGAAUGGUGCAACGAGGCGCCGUUCUACACCUUGGGUCCCCUGGCCACGGACAUCGCCCCUGCUUAUGACCACAUCACCUCAGCCAUCGGAGCCGCCACGAUUGGCAGCCUGGGCACAGCACUGCUGUGCUACGUGACCCCCAAGGAGCACCUGGGCUUGCCCGACAGGGAUGACGUGAAGCAGGGCGUGAUCGCAUACAAGAUCGCUGCGCACGCCGCCGACUUGGCCAAGGGGCAUCCACAUGCCCAGGAUUGGGAUGACUGCCUGUCCAAGGCAAGAUUCGAAUUCCGCUGGUACGACCAGUUCAAUCUGUCACUCGAUCCAGUCACAGCUCGCUUGUACCAUGACUCGACGCUGCCCCAGGAGCCUGCAAAGACGGCCCACUUCUGCUCGAUGUGUGGUCCCAAGUUCUGCUCAAUGAAUAUCAGCCAGGAGCUGAGGGAGUACGCAAAGACCCACGAGGUCGAUGAGGAGGAGGCAGCAAAGAAGGGGAUGCGGGAGAUGUCCGACGAGUUCAAGAGGCGGGGCAGUGAGGUCUACCUUGAGGGCCAAUAG